CUUAAAACUUCACCUUCACACUCUCGUCUUUAUUUAGUUGCGGCAUGUACUUACAGUCAGGACGCGCCGUUUCAGCUUCUAUGAAUCCUCCCAUCUGUGUCAAGAUACUAGCAUGAUGAAUGGCGAUGGAGACGCCUCCGAUGUCUUCGCCAUUCCAGAUUUCUGGAAACCUUCCGCUUGGCUAGAAUCACCCUCCCUGCAUCUGCAGCAUGGCCCGUUCUUCGCUCUUGAUGUGGAUAGAGUGCCCCCCCAAGCCUUAGACGGCGCCGGGGUCAAGACAACAAGUGACCAUCCCUACUUCAAGACCCCGGCCCUUCUGGACCUUCCAUCUAGACCUGAAGUUCAAAUCAAGGCAAUCCCUUCCCUUGACGAGCCAGUCAUAGGUCCUGUCCUUGAGCCCAAGGCUGAAGAUAUCUGGCUCUUCCAUGAUCGAGUCUCGGCUAAGCAGCCCGAACAUAAAACCUGGGCCAAGUUUGAUAGCGGAGGAAAAAGCGAAUCGCCCAUAACGUUUAUCUCCGAGUCCGGACCUGGGACGUUUGAUUCACUCUUGGCGGCCGAGGACAACCCUCUCCAUGUUCCGGCCUACGAUGACUGCAAGGUCGUCGACUCAGCCGUCUACUGCUCUUGUCUUCUUACCCUGGCUCUUGGGAGGAGCUCGAUGCUGUUCUCAUGGAACGACGACAAGGCAUGCUUUGUUCCAACCAUGCCAUAUCUAAAGAUCUCUGGCUUCUCCGGGGAAAGUCUGGGAGGCAUUAACAAGGCAUGCCACGAAUGCGGCGAUACAACGCGCUAUCUGCGAUCAUAUGUCGACAAGACAUACACCUCGCACGCCUGCCAGUCAAGGAUUGCAUUGGCCAAUGCAGUUGACAUGCUCCUCCUCACAAUCCAGGCUGAGCUCGGCGUACGCGCCCAGAGAUCGAGGUCGCCUUUGCAGCUUCAGGCACUCGUGCAGCCAGUGCGGUCGAUCUUGGUCUACUUCAGGGGACUGGUUGAGAAAGCAUCGCCAUUUAGAUCGGACGAGCAAAUACUCUCUAUGCUCUUCCAAGAGGCCCAGUCCACCGAAUACAGAGACGGCUUCUUGCACAACGCCGUCUGCGAGGUGUUGCGAAUGGUAUCAAAACCGUGGACAGAUUUUGUUGAGGAAUGGGUUGGUCUGAAGCCAGAGGAAGCCAUCGUCAUGACAAAGAACGGGCCGGGAAAGAGUUUCGUCAAGGUUGAAAAUCGGAUGUGGAUUGACGAUCAAGGCUUUGAACUGGACGAGCCCGAUUACUUCCUUGACGAGGACAAUAUGCCUUCAUUCAUCUCGGAAGAGAUGGCCCUCGGCAUUUUUGAAACGGGUCGAAACCUUAGAUUCAUACGAUCGAACCAUCCAGAACACCCUCUCGCACGGCAGGAUGAAGUUACAGCGGCCAACCCGCCCAAGAUUCAGUGGGAGUUUGACUGGGACGCCAUCAUGAGAGUGGAAGAUAAAGCCAAAAACUAUGAGCAGGCCUUGGCGGAGGUCAUCCAGGGGAUCCUCCACGAGAAAGGCGAAGCGAAGCACAGCCGGCUGCCUCUCAGCAGAGUCGAUCAUGAACUGCAAUUCUUCGGCCCAGACGAGGCGAAGCUUACCGAGAAGGUAGUGGCAUCGAUACAUAUGCUAAAUCAACCCAUGGGCCAGAAGCCGAUCACCAAUGACGGGUUACCACGGAUCUUACAAGAGCAGCUCUUUGACCAGCAAGCUAGCCUGCACCAUGAGUCUGGGCUCCCACCCCACUGGACCUUGCUACCCUUAUUGUCCUUUGGCCCGACAGUCGCUGCUCAGGCGCGCCUGGUCAACAGGGAGUGCACUCGCCUGCUCUUCACCACCCACCAUCUCCGGGAUCAUCUGCAUCUGCAGAGACAAUACCAACUAUUGGGGAAUGGCCUAUUCUGCAGUCGCCUCUCACAUGCUCUCUUUGACCCUGAACUCGACACAGCAGAGCGCCAGUCAGGCGUUGCGUUGAGUGGCGGUGUCAUGGGACUGCGUCUGAGUGGCCGCGAGAACUGGCCACCAGCCAGCUCUGAGCUCAGACUUGCCCUUAUGGGGGUGCUCGCGGACAGCUACGAGCCUCGACCGGGUGCCCCACAACAACCGAGCACCUCGCAAGCCCUGAAGGGAGACCUACUCGGGGACAUCAGCUUUGCGGUGCGAGAUCUCUCGCCCGAGGAAAUCGAGAAAUGCGUCGAUCCGGAUUCACUUGGGGCACUCGACUUCUUGAGGAUAUCUUACAAGCCGCCCUCGGCUCUUCUGCCCAUCAUGACGCCGGUCAUUCUCAUCAAGUACGACAAGAUCUUCAGGCUCCUGGUGCGAAUUCUGCGGAUGCUCUACGUGGUCAACCAACUCUUCCGGGACGUCUCAACACGGACUUCCCGAGGCGUCCCCGUUGACAACAUCUCUCUUCGCUUCCGAAUCGAAGCGCAUCAUUUCGUGACCCAACUCACCGCUUACUUCUUCGAGACGGGCAUCGUCAUGCCCUGGCGCCGGUUCGAUGACUGGCUCGACCAUGUCCAGGACCAGCUGACGAGUAACUCUCUCCCCGCUCCCGGGGUCGGAAAGGGGUACAGCCCGGACCGGCUGCGCGAUUAUCACGAGCAGGUCCUGGACGAGAUCAUGCUGACACUCCUGCUGCGGAAGAGGCAGCAGCCGGUGCUGAAACUCGUCGAGGAUAUCUUUAUGUCGAUACUGGAGUUCGCGAAACGGUUGAGGAGACAGGCGGCUGGCACGGUUCAACCUACCGAGGCGGGCGAGACGGGCGAGACGAAGAAGCUAUACGUGUCGUUCCGGAAGAAGGUAGACGUCUUCAUAACUGUUUGCCGGGGGCUGAGUGAGAAGGGAGGGGGCUAUAGCGGCAGGGGAGAGGACUCGGCGCGUAUGAGGGACGACGGGCAGAAGCGUGCAAAUGGCGACAGGGAGAACACCAUCGAUAGGCUGCUCUUGUUGUUGGACAUGUCUGGUCACUUUACGAGGUAGUCGCAAUACAGUAAAUUCCGACGUCGUAUCCCGCCGGGAGGGCCGCCGUGAAGGCGGCAAGAACGCCUCAUUCCCGAAUUAUCGGUAGUGGAGACAGAACGAAUGGCUUGCCCGUCCUUGUCUAUAGGGUUAUAGAGAUGCCCGCAUAUCCACUCCUCUAGGACCGGGAGAGUGGAGAGCAAGGGCAUCAACACUACCUACUUGAUGAGGCUCAAGAAGUGGAUUUGUCUAUUAAUAUACAUAUACCUUGUGA